AUGGAGAAGGCCCAGACGGUGCUGGGGGGGGACACCGGGCUCCUCCAGGAGGAGCCACCCCCCCGCCCCACCUGGACCAGUAAAGCCCAGUACAUACUGGCCCAGCUGGGCUUCUCCGUGGGGCUGGGCAACAUCUGGCGCUUCCCCUACCUCUGCCACCAGAACGGGGGUGGUGCCUUCAUCCUGCUCUAUCUGCUGCUCCUCUUCCUCCUGGGCAUCCCCCUGCUCUUCCUGGAGCUGGCAGCCGGCCAGUGCCUGCGCCAGGGCAGCGUCGGCGCCUGGAAGAGCAUCAGUCCCCCCCCGGUGCUGUACGUCAGCACCCUCUUCCCCUACCUCGUCCUCUUCUGCCUCCUGGUCCGGGGCCUGUUGCUCGAGGGGGCCCUCGAGGGCAUCCGCAUCAUGUUCACCCCCAAGGUGUCGGCGUGGGGCACGGGCCAGGCCUGGCGGCAGGCAGCCACACAGGUCUUCUUCGCACUGGGGCUGGGCUUCGGCAGCGUCAUUGCCUAUGCCAGCUACGGUGCACGCCGCAGCAACUGCCACCGCGAUGCUGUGCUGGUGGCCGGCCUCAACGCCCUCACCUCCCUCCUGGCGACCUUCGUUGUCUUUGCUGUCCUGGGUGCCCGUGCCACCCGCCGCACGCGGCACUGCCUCCACAGGAACGUGGAGCUGGUGUCACAAGCGCUGGUGGCGGGGGGGCUGCCCGAGACCGCUCGGCCCCCCGGGAACCUCACGGCCCUGCUGGCCUCCCAGUACAGUGCCUGGCUGCAGGGGCUGCCCCCGGCCCUGCGGGACGCCCUGGGUGUCACCGACUGCCGCCUGGACGAGGAGAUGAACAAGGGGGUGGAGGGCCCGGGUCUGGCCUUCAUCAUCUUCACGGAGACACUGACGCUGCUGCCGGUGGCACCGCUCUGGUCAUCCCUCUUCUUCCUCACACUGCUGGGACUGGGGCUGAGCACCAUGUUGGGCAUUAUCCAGGCCGUCCUCACACCUCUGCUUGACGCCUUCCCUGCCCUGUUCAUCCGGGACCGCGUGGAGCGCUGCGGGGACGCGCAGGCGGUGGCCCUGAGCCAGGCGGAGCUCGGGGGGCCGCAGCCCAGCAGCCCUGACACCAAGCGCCUGAGCGAGUGCCUGCGCCGCAUCGGGGACGAGCUCGACAGCAACAUGGAGCUGCAGAGAAUGAUCGAGCAGGUGGGGUGCCAUGCCCCCAAGGAGCUCUUCUUCCGUGUGGCUGCGGAGAUGUUUGCCGACGGCACCUUCAACUGGGGCCGUGUUGUUGCCCUCUUCUACUUCGCCUGCAAACUGGUGCUGAAGGCGCUCUGCACCAAGGUCCCCGAGCUGGUCCGGACCAUUCUGGGCUGGACCAUGGAGUACAUGCGGGAGCACGUCCUGGCCUGGAUCCAGGCCCAGGGAGGAUGGAUCUCCGAGCAGCUCUUCCAGGACGGCAUCAACUGGGGCCGGGUCAUCGUCUUCUUCUACUUCACCUACCGGGUGGUCUGGCAGGCGCUGUGGGGCGACCGCCCCCUCCGGACCAUCCUCGAUUGGGCCAUAUCCUUCCUGCAGCGGCGCCUCUCCGCCUGGAUCCAGCGCCAGGGGGGCUGGGGCUCCAUCCUCAGCUACCGCCCUGCGCAGCUGGGCUGGGGCCCCCGUGCUCGGGAUAUAAACCUCCCGCGGGGCUUUGUGCAGGCAGAGCCGCGUUCUCGCUUCAACAGUGCUUGA